ACUACCGCUGCCGCCUUCGAUCCACCAACACAAGCCUCCGCCAGCGCCCGCGCUCGGAGCGGGAGAUUUGUCCCUUCGACGACGGUCCCUGUGCGAUGCCGAGAGCUCGACUGGAUUACAAACUCGGCGCUACUACGGACGACUUCAGCGGACGACGAAGACGAAAGCGCGACAGCGCCCCCCGGUCUCGUAUCGUCGUCAUGGCAAAGCCAGAAACGACAAGCCGGCAUUUGCACGCAUCGCUGGACGAAGUUGCCUGAACAUCGCUUAGGACCCACGGUCGCGCGUUGCCUUUCUGACGCGGAGUUGUCAUCCCGACUUCGGCAGCAUCGUCGACAUCGGCGGUGACGUGUGAAAUGGAUGUUGACGUCUAGCGGAGUGUUGAGGAUUCCCGAGUUGGGUGCGGAGGGUGCCCUUCGCUCUUCGAUGUCGUUCUCGUUAUCGUCUCUGCGCCUGUUGUUGUUGUCGUCUUUUGCUUCCGCGUAUCCCGUGGUUCCGUUUCUGUGUCUGCGCUACUGUCCUGCUUCUGGCCGGAAAGGGCUCGUGAUGAUCGGCGUCGUGGUCCUUGGAAUGGUGUCGGUCGCGAUGGCCCAUACUGCGGAUGUCACUGCACCGCCGUCUGAAGAAGAAGCGAUGCCGCAGCUGUUCGCCGCCGCGGGCGGCAAGGUGUCCCUGCCGUGCAACACAACGAUCCCUAUGGGCGGCGACGGCGUGUCGCUGAUCCUGUGGUAUCACGGUGACUACGGCAUUCCCAUCUACAGCCUGGACGCCCGCGACCAGCCCAUGAGCAAGGCGCGCCACUUCCCGGGCCAAGACCUGGGCACGCGCGCCUACUUCGACGUCUCGGCAAAGCCCCCCGUGCUCAGGAUCGACCCCGUACUCGAGAGCGACGCCGGCGAGUACCGCUGCCGGGUCGACUACAGCAGGCAGCGAACGCAGCACAGGAACGUCAACCUCACCGUCAUCGUUCCCCCGAAGGACGCCAUUAUUCGGGACGAGACGGGGAAGCCACUACACGGAGUUAUCGGCCCCUACGACGAAGGGGCUCAUCUGGUCCUCAUUUGCGACGCUGAUGGAGGGCGUCCCCCGCCAUCGGUGACGUGGUGGCGAGGCUCGACACUGGUGGACGAGAAAUUCGCCAUGACUCCGCUGGACGUGGUGCGGAACGAGUUGGUCAUCAAUCGCCUGCAGCGAGCCGACCUGCUCGCCACGUUCACCUGCCAGGCCUCCAACACCAACCUCACGCUGCCCCGCUCCUCAUCCGUCACCAUCAACAUGAACCUGCGACCGUUGGAUGUACGGAUCAUCAGUCUGAAACGCCCGCUGUCCGCUGGCCGCAAGGUGGAGCUCGUGUGCCAGUCGAGCGGCGGCCGACCUCCGCCGCAGAUCACGUGGUGGCUGGGCAAAAAGAAGCUGUCCUUUGUCCGCGACAACGUGACCGUCAACGACAACUACACGACGAGCAGCAUCACGUUCUCGCCCAGCAUCGACGACCACGGGAAGUACCUGUCCUGCCACGCCGACAACCCCCUGCUCUCAAACUCUGGCCUCGAGGACGGCUGGACGCUUAACAUUCAGUACGUUCCGCGGCUGAGCCUCUCCCUGGGCGCCAACAUGAAGCACAAGGCGAUCCGGGAGGGCUCCGACGUGUACUUCGAGUGCAACAUCCAGGCGAACCCGAUGGUCAGCGACGUGGGCUGGAAGUUCGAGGGCAAGCCGCUGUACAGCAACAUCAAGCAGGGCGUCAUCGUGAGCAACCAGUCGCUCGUGCUGCAGAAGGUGCGCAAGGAGAGCAGGGGCCACUACCAGUGCGUCGCCGCCAACGUCGAGGGGGAGGGCGAGAGCGACAGAGUGCCACUCAGGGUGCACUACACCCCAGUGUGCAAGAAGCGCCAGAACCUGGUGUAUGGCGUGGCCCGCGAUGAAGAAGCCGAGAUAUCUUGCGAGGUGGAAGCGGACCCCGGGGAGCUGAGUUUCAAGUGGGCCCUGAACAACUCGGUCGAGACCUUCGACGUCAAGACGUUCGUGGUGAACGGCACGGCGAGCGUGGCCACGUACCGACCCCGCUGGAAGCACAGCUACGGCCUGCUCUACUGCUGGGCCCAGAACAGCAUUGGCGUCCAGAGGGAACCGUGCGCCUUCCACAUCAUCCCCGCAGGGCCCCCGGAGGCGGUGAAGAACUGCCACGUGAGCAACCAGACGGUGACGUCGCUGUCGGUGGACUGCGAGCCCGGGGAUCACGGCGGCCUGCGCCAGACCUUCCACCUUGAGGUGUACAACUCGGCGCUGGAGCUGCUCCAGCGGAACGUGAGCUCGACCGACGGCGCCGCCUUCACCGUCCGGGACCUGCCCCCGGGCACGGCCUUCAUCCUGGUGCUGUACGGCUCCAACUCCAAAGGACGCAGCAACAGCGUCUCCAUCUCCACCAACACGCUGCCCUCGCCCGAGCGGAGGACAGCUAACACAGACAUCACAACCGUGAGUCCUGUGCUUGGUGUCUUGAUCGGCAUCGUGGGAGCACUAGUGUUGGUGGCCAUCGUUAUCGUAGUCGUGAUGCGCCUUCGCGGAGACGACACCGAGAAACGCCCUACCGAGGACAGUCCAGAAAAAAGUCAAAACCACCAACGGAAAACGACGGAUGACCUAACGUUGACCGAUUUGGACACUAAAGACCCGUCCGUCAUUCAGAAAAACACCGACCCUCAAGAGUACCCGCGUGUUGCAGUUCGCCGAAUCCCGGCCUACACGACGCACCGCACGUACGACAGCUUCUCGCCCAACGACUACAACUACGAAAAUAUCCAGUCAUUGCGGAGGCCGUCCCCCGUCAAGAUGGACAACGAGGUGCGAUACGCCGAGCUGUCGCUGCCCCGGAGCAAGUACCCGGUGCGCAUCCGUGAGCCGCCCACCGAGUACGCCCAGAUCGACUUCCAGCGCGCGGGCGUGCUGUUCAGCACGGGACAGCCUCCCGAGCACGAGGAGGACGACCCCUGCGCGGUCACCUCGGAGACGCCGCUCAUGAACAAUAUGCAACCCAACGCCAGGCAUCUAAGCGGUGCAUCGAGCGACCACAACACGAUAUCGACACCAGUGUGACGGCACCCCGUCUAAGCUAAUCUUAGUGUUUUAAGGUCUCGUGUGCCGGAGACAACAGAGCUGAUGUCCACGCGGGAGAACAAGAGAACCAACAAGCCUAAACAAUACAAGAUCCAACGACGGAAGAAAAAAGAAAACCUUUUUCCGCACGGUGACAAAAGGUUGUCCUUGUGAGUGGUGUGUGUACAUAGAUUGACUUGCCCGUGACACGGAAGCUCAACUAUCGUCGAGAGAGGCAUUCCUUCUACACUAGUCAUCGGACAUCCGUGAACUGGGAGAAGACUGAACAAAAACAAACAAGAUAGGAAAGAAAAGGUAGGCCGAAGUAAGGAAAAGGAAUCUACGGGCCGCUAGGAAAACCAAGUUCCCCGAUUCCGGCCUCACUACGAUGCACAGCAGAGAUCUACUUCACCCCACCUACGUCCAGGAAAGCGCAGCGGGAAGGCGCGCGCCCAGGACUUUCCACGUGAAUGUGAAGGAACUUAACCGAACGGAUGCGAACUCCGCGCGAACAUCGCGUGAAUCUGUCGUGUUUGGAUGAGUGGUAGCGUGUGCGUGAGAGUGUUCGCGUGCCUGUUCCGAACAAUAAGAGCACAGUUUUUGUUUUCUUAAUAUUUUGAAUUGUUAUACUAAGGUCACACACGAUUUGGUUUCAUACCUUUGGUUUCUGCAUCUUCUAUAUAAAUACUUCAUACGGACUCAUACCACAAACUUCUUAUCUCUACAAUAAAAUAUAUAAUUAUUACCAUUGUGCAAA